UUUAACCAAUCAGAGCGCGGAGGAUGUUCCUGUACCAACUUCCGGCCACAGAUAGUCCGUCUACUCUGAGUGCGUCCUUGAGCUAACGCCGUCAAGUACGACCUAAACCUCAGCUACGAAGAAAUGGUGGCUUACUGGAGACAGGCGGGCCUGAGCUACAUCCGCUUCUCGGCCAUCUGCGCGAGAGUGGUGCGGGCCGCGCUAAAACCCGAGUUCAAGUUAGAAGCCGUAAAAGCCGCGGAGACUAACGUCAAAGUCAUCAAACCAGCGAAGACAUGAGCUGAUUGCAUGGGUCCUUUCUGUGUUGACUGAUGGCGCCAUAACCCCAAUUAAAUUGUUUCAUUUAUCUUAAUGGAAGCAAAACAUGAAUUUAUUGAUCUACUGUAUGUAUAAGACGUGGUUUAAAAGAAAAUACCUUUUCCUGCAAAUUUCAUAAAUGCAAUAAAAUGGUAGUGUGAAGUAUUA